AAGCAAAAGGCUCCAAGACUCUCUCUCUCUCUCUCUAUCUCUGACUUUUCAUCUCCCGCCGUGUCACCGUCGUUACAUCACCGUCUCCAGCCACCACGUUAAUCAAGAUCUCGUGGUGGAAAAUGGGAAGAGCGUUCGGGAUAGAACUCGAGGGACCAGUGUAUACUUGCAAAUGGUGCGACACACAUCUCGGAGUCCCCAGUGAUCUCAUCUCCAAGGAGACCGAGGAUGGUUGCCUCGUAUAUGUGUUCAGUAGACUCUUCAAUACAAUACUUCUGGCUGAAGCAAAUGCUGACUUCCAUGAUAUCUAUUGUGUCGGUUGUUCCAAUGACAUCGGCCUUUAUGGCGUAAGUGAUCCAAAUUGUUUCAGGGUUUUGAGGAGCGAACUCCAAGGACCGGAAGGAAGCGAUGAUGAGGUUUAGGAGUUCGUAUAUGAUUAAAUAAAAAAAAAGACAAUGUGGAGUAGAAUUCUAUGUUCUUGAUUUUCAUAUGCUUUGUAUAGUGUCUGAAUGGUGAAUAGUCUC